AUGGAUACGACGUAUUUGUAUACCAAGCGGUUCAUAGACCAAGAGGUAAGGCGUUUAAGUCAACCGUUGGUGGUGACAUCGAAGGUCGAGCGCAUAUUAACGGAAGAAUCUACAGAAGAUGAUCCAGAUGGCCAGCAAGUAGGAGAGAAGCAAUUGCAGCAAAUAAUAAGCAAAGUGAACGUAUUAAUCAAAAGACACAAUAGGAAUGUAUUCUCGCGACAGGUGGUAAAUCAGAUCAUCCAGCAGGUGAUAAAAUGUGAGCAGAACAAGUUGAUGGUGGUGAACGAGAAGUUGAUGCGUAUCGAGAUGAUUUUGAAGCCGAUACUCUUGCCUGAAGUUAAUCAGAUGGGGAAUGUCAAGACGCUUAUGGGGGAGUUUGGGGAGUUAGUGAGGGAAUUGCCCGAAUCGAAGUACCUUUUUGACGAGGACGACGAUGACACCACCGACGAGGAUGAGAAGGCCCCAGACCAUGCCUCGUCUGAUGAAGAGGGUAUAUUAGUCCAGGACGAACAAGAGCGAGUUGAGGACGACGAAUUGAAGAAACCGCAGUAUAAUCGUCGGCUAAGACAACAAACGGAACAGGAACAAUCGAAAUCGAGUAGCACGCAAUUGUUGCACAAGUACGACGAUAUACGACACCAUUUGAUCGAACUACACCAAGGAUUAGAGUAUAAGUACGCCAAGCUCGAGUAUUUAACGCUGCUUAAAGAGAAGCUAAUUCGUGUACUACUGGUGCCAGAAGAGCAUGCAAAAAGAGAUCCAUUUCACGGGCAAGACAAAAUGGUUGGUAACGAUGACGAGCCUUUUGACAGUGAUGACGAAGCCAACGACAGUCUUAGCCACCAGCACAGUUUGGACUAUAUGACCAACACCAGUCUCUCCAACGAAAUCAACAAGUUUCGAGUGCUUGUGGAAAAAAUCUCGUAUCGACUCCAUUCGAAGCAAGAGUUGCAAGCAGCCCUCGAUUCGAUCAAUUCGCAAUAG